CGAUGGUUAAUGCUUCUGGUGAUAAGUCCGGGGAAGCCUGGGGCUUGGCGUGUCGGCCCGAGGAAAAUCCGCCGAUCACCAAUACGCCUGACACGGAGGCACGACGCUGCUAGAUCGAUCAUCGUCGCUGUCGAUUAUCACCGUUUUGCUGUCAGCUGUAACCAGACCAGCUAUUGUGGCCUUGAGCGUUUCAUCUCUUCGUUUUUUUCCUAGUCUUCACCCAUGACCCCUCUAUGACAACUCCAGAUGCCUUCCGAGAUGCAGAAUACAUCGCUGACGUCUCGAACGUACCGAACGAAAGCGACGGUCCUGACCAUGGUCUCAUCAGUCAACAAGCAAAUGCAGCCCGUCAUGAGGCUACAAAGAAAGCGCAGGCAACAGCGAAGGUGGCCUUCAUCGACCGCUUGCUGCGCGAUCUCGAUAUCAUGAUCUAUUGCGAGCUUUCCGCUCUAUACUAUAUGGAUUGUUCUAUCAUUUUGUUCGCCGUUCGCGCCAUUGUUCAGCUUAUCUUCUUCACUCCCAAAGCACCUCCCUUUGAGCCAACGAGGAACCAGCCGUUCGUUGGAGCCAUAUUCAUCAGCAACCUAUUCUGCAUUUUAGUACACCUGCUCUCUGCACGACCUGAGGCUGGCGAAUCGACUAGGGGCUAUUUACAUGGGGGGCUGUUCAUCGACUUCAUCGGCCAGAAGGGUCCUGUGUACAAAUUACGACUCGUGGCAUUCGAUUUUCUAGUCAUCGCAUUGCAUAUUCUCAUGCUUGGUCUCAUAUUAGAGCGUGUGAAAACAGCAUCUAAAAGAGCGACGCAGCGGCAACCCAGGAGGAGUCAGGAUCAUGAUGCGGAGGAGAGAGGGGUGUUACGACGUGACGAUGUAGAAGACCCCGCGGAAUCGCCUGCAGAAUCACCCAACGACUAUGAGCCCAGUCCUGGUGGUACACGCUAUGGUACAGCUGAUAGUCCAGAAAGGGCACAACUACUAGCGGACCCUGCUGAAGGUCCUUAUAGCGAGCAGCUGAAAGACAAUCAUCCUUUGGAUGCUUUCAUGUCUGGAGAAGCGGUGAUCAUGGAUAUGAGCGUUUUCAGUACCAUCUUGGACCAAUGGCGUUACACUCCAGCCUUGAUGUAUGCACGGGCAUCUGGGAACGCGCCUUACACUGAGUCGACUAGAUUCCUUGGAGAAAGAUUCGGCCUCGAAGUCGGGUCGGAUGGGCGCGUUGCGCGGGUGUACGGGUAA